AUGAAGAAGUCCUACUACAAGAAUCGAGGAAGACUGCGGUUCGUUGGGCGCCGAGGAUGUCCCCAAGUCGUCCAAUGCGACAACGGGACGAACUUCGUCGGAGCGAGUCGCCACUUCCGGGCCCUUCGAGAGAGGAUACAGGACGAAGCCGACGCGAUACGCGAAUUCGCAUCAAAAAGCGGAUGCGAAUUUGUGUUCACACCACCGCGGGCUCCGCACAUGGGCGGACUAUGGGAGGCAGGUGUUAAAACUGCCAAGACCGUACUCCUACGGGCGGUGGGCAGGGCGCUCCUAAGUGCAGAAGAGCUGGGGACAGUCCUCGUGGGAAUCGAGGCAGUGAUGAACUUCCGGCCGCUCGGAACAAUCAGCAGCGACCCAAGCUAUGGAGAGGCGCUGACUCCCGGCACCUACUGA